AAUGGACAUUGUUUUACCCUGUUCUGGAAAGGAGCUGGUAUUUCUACAACUCAUGCUGUCAUGAGGCUGUGAGGGCUGCUGAAGAUGUCCGAUAGUCUGGAUAUUGAAGAGAAACCUCCAGCCCCACCGUUGAGAAUGAACAGCAACAAUCGCGAUUCUUCAGCACUAAACCACAGUUCAAAACCGCUCCCCAUGGCCCCUGAGGAGAAGAACAAGAAAGCCAGGCUUCGCUCCAUCUUCCCAGGAGGAGGGGAUAAAACCAACAAGAAGAAAGAGAAAGAACGUCCUGAGAUCUCUCUUCCUUCAGACUUUGAACAUACCAUUCAUGUGGGAUUUGAUGCCGUCACUGGAGAAUUCACAGGCAUUCCAGAGCAGUGGGCCAGGCUACUACAGACCUCCAACAUAACAAAACUGGAGCAGAAGAAGAACCCACAAGCUGUUCUAGAUGUUCUCAAAUUUUAUGAUUCCAAAGAAACAGUAAACAACCAGAAAUAUAUGAGCUUUACGUCAGGAGAUAAAAGCGCCCAUGGAUACAUAGAAGCCCAUCCUUCGAGCACAAAAACAGCAUCAGAACCCCCGCUAGCUCCCUCUGUUUCUGAAGAAGAGGAUGAAGAUGACGAAGAAGAGGAAGAUGACAAUGAACCUCCGCCUGUUAUCGCACCACGGCCUGAACAUACAAAAUCAAUCUACACACGCUCUGUAAUUGAACCUGCAGCUGCACCAGCACCAGCUAAAGAAGCCACCACUCCCCAGCCUGAAAACUCAAACACAAACACUUUGUACAGAAACACAGACCGGCAGCGAAAAAAAUCCAAGAUGACAGAUGAGGAGAUCCUAGAGAAACUGAGGAGCAUUGUGAGCGUGGGAGAUCCUAAGAAGAAAUACACUCGAUUUGAAAAAAUUGGCCAAGGGGCAUCAGGAACUGUUUAUACAGCAAUCGACAUCGCCACAGGACAAGAGGUGGCCAUAAAGCAAAUGAAUCUCCAACAACAGCCCAAAAAGGAACUAAUUAUUAAUGAAAUCCUGGUCAUGAGGGAAAAUAAGAACCCCAAUAUUGUUAACUAUUUAGACAGCUACCUAGUCGGUGAUGAACUCUGGGUGGUUAUGGAAUACUUGGCUGGAGGCUCUUUAACCGAUGUUGUUACAGAGACAUGUAUGGAUGAAGGACAGAUAGCAGCUGUCUGUAGGGAGUGCCUGCAAGCACUGGAUUUCCUUCAUUCAAACCAAGUGAUUCACAGAGACAUCAAAAGCGACAAUAUUCUUCUCGGAAUGGACGGAUCUGUCAAAUUGACUGAUUUUGGCUUCUGUGCUCAGAUCACCCCCGAGCAGAGUAAACGGAGCACAAUGGUCGGGACUCCUUACUGGAUGGCACCAGAAGUGGUGACAAGAAAAGCAUACGGCCCCAAAGUGGACAUCUGGUCACUGGGGAUCAUGGCAAUAGAAAUGGUGGAAGGAGAACCUCCUUACCUUAAUGAAAAUCCUCUCAGGGCGCUGUAUCUGAUCGCUACGAACGGGACACCAGAGCUGCAGAACCCUGAGCGACUGUCCGCUGUGUUUCGCGACUUUUUGAACUGCUGCCUGGAGAUGGACGUGGACAGGCGAGGGUCUGCCAAGGAACUUUUGCAGCAUCCAUUUUUAAAAUUAGCCAAGCCUCUCUCCAGCCUGACUCCUCUGAUCAUUGCAGCAAAGGAAGCGAUUAAGAACAGCAGCCGCUAGCGCUUCAGGCCGGCUUUCUCCCAUGCCAGCUCAGAGCAGAACUGAGAACAAAAACUCUAUAAAACCUCAACUCUUGUGCUGCAGGACAGAUGGAUGGAUGAACAAACCAACAGUCACAGUCAUGGUGGUAGGAGGGAGACCAACCCAGUCCCUCAAGGAGUAAAAAAUUGUCAUUUGUCUUCUUCCUGCUUUCUGGCUCCUUAAUUUAUUUUUAAGAUGAAACAGGGCUUAAGACAGAGAGGUAAUGACCGAAAAUGCUUUGCUGCCUCAGCCGUUUCUAAGGUAAAGCAAAUUCAGUUGGAAGAUUCCCUUCCUGCUCACCCUGUGAAUAAGCUGUACAUUCACUUUUAAAUUGUCAGUUGUUUCUUAAAGACGGAAAGUCCCUUUUAUGGUUUUUUUGGUAUGGUUUGGAAUUGGAGAAAGGUCUCCCUCGUUCGUAAACUCCAGACUGCACUGCCUUUUGAAUACAGCCCACUUGCUGGUAUUUGCCCAGUCAUGUGUACCUCUAGAUGAGGAAGAAAGUGAAAUUGCAUUUACAAGCAAAAAGGAAUCAAGAGUGGGGCGGACAAAACAUCCUGUUGAGAUACAGGCUUUCAGCUGUGAAUAUAUAGUGUUUUGGUUCUUGACAACUUGAUUUGUAUCACUAAUUGUAAUGUUUGCCUGGAUGAGAGUCUUACUAAAAUGAAACAGCAGAAAGAUCAGACAGUGUGCUCAGAAAGGGCUCGUCUGAUGCAAAACUGUAAGAGAUACGUGAGGUGAGAGCGGGCCCAGCCUUGCCUGGUGCUGAGCCCCAGCAGACCCCUUGCAGAGCACAGAGCAGCCUCAGCAUCCGCAGACCCAGGCUGGAAGAAGGCGCUUGUGGUGGCAGGCGGCAGUGGACCAGCACUGGGUGCUUGCCUCUUCCUGGGACCGGCCUAAUCAACCCGUAUCAGAGUCAAAGUGGCAGUGGGCUGCUCCCGAGGUGAAUCGUAGCCAUGCUGUGAAAUGCGCAGGCUGGUGGGAUUAGCCACCUUGAGUCUGUGCAGGAGUAGAGAAGGGCAAAGCAGAGCUGAGUGGUGGUGUCACUUCUGAGGAUGCCUACUCUCCCGGUCGUCUUACAGCUCCUGGGAAAGGUUAGUAGCGUCUGCGCCACUCUCGGCAGAGGGGGAGGGAGCCGGGCUGCUCGGCAGGCUCGUGUGCGGCUGAGUGUCCUUUUGGGCACGCCAGUUCUGCCAUGGAAACUGAGGCCGACAGGAGUGAGUGACGACUUCCGCAGUUCAGAUAUGCAUGAGCCAGUGCAGCAGGCAGCUCUGGAAGAAAGCGCGUUAAAACCUGGAGUUCUGCGCUGAGCGAGAGCAAACGUGUGAAAUGCAGAGUGGAUUGCAGCAGUAUUGAGAGGCGUCAAGCCAGCCCGCUUUCUGCUGUCCUGCAUACAGCAAGCACUGCUGAAUGUAGCUCUGAGUUGCUGCGAGAGAGGGAAUCCUGGACGUGACUGGGGCUUGUGCUUGACUAGUCAACUGAUUUGUAAGGGAGCAGAAUAGUUUAAGUAUGCAAUUUGUGUUUUAUUUAUUCAUUUCUGAAAGAAAGACGCAAUGUGGCUUCACUCAGAAAAAGCAUUUGCAUGGAGUAUUUGUUGCUGUAUUUAGUAGUACAACUAAUCAACGACCUUCAAAACAGCAAUUGAAGCAACACCCACCCAGUGAGUGCAAAAAAAAAAAAAAAAAAAAAAGAGUAAAACAGCUUUCUGCUGUAGAUCUUCAUGUUUAGGCCUGGUCCUGCAAAGGGCUAAGUAGCCUUUAAGGUACUAACCACCUUCAUGUUUUGCCGGUAGGAAUGAAGGAUGCUUGAGCUGUUCUUGAAUUAGGCCAUUAGCUCGUUUUGGCUUUGGCUUCUUAGUUACAGUCGUCGUGUUGCAACUGUGACUAGUACUGGCAACUAACCUACCCUCGCUCGCUCUGUCCUUCCCAGUGUCUUUGGCUGAGGCAACAGACGGAGGCAGUGCUCAUUGAGUUACCACAGCUAAGUAUGAAUUAACCUUUCCUGAUUUCCUGGGGAGCGCAACAGGUCUGAUUUUCAGAUGCCCAAAUAACAAAAGAUUCUGUUUCUUUUGUGAGGUCCCAUUUUUCUCUGUCAGCUCAAGCUGUAUAUCUGGGGGAGAGACUUUCUUGAGAAAGAGAAGAAUUCGGGCUCGAGAUGGGCUGCCCUCAAUUUGUAAAGCAUUCGUCUGAAUGAAACAUGUUUGUAUUCCAUGUAAGAAGUGAAGAAACAAGUAACAGUUUCUGUUUCCAGUAUAGCUUUUAUUUUUUCCUACCCACAAAGGAACAGACAGCCGUCCUUUAAAAGGAAAGCACUUUUUUAUGGCACGUGUUUGCGGGACAUACAAUAUAAAUACUUACGUUGACAGACUACACUAUUUGAUUGGGUUUUUUCCUAUUUAUUUUCUUUACCCAUAAGUAUUUCAGCAUCUCUACUUCAAAAAAAAAACUACCACCACAACUUCCCAGAAGAUAACGGAUAUGAAAAAUAGGAAAAUCAAAUGGUAGCAUCUUUUUUUUUUUUUAAUUGAUCAGCGUAUGCCUCAGCAUACCGAAUAUUGUUGGCACUGGCUUUUUAAAGACAACUGCUGUAAUAAGAGGCCUUACUUUUUAUUUUAUUAAAUGCUAUAUUUAUUUUUCUUUGCAUCGGCAAAUCUAGAGAUUUUUCUUCUAAAAAAAAUUCCUGGGAGGCAGACAGGAUUCAACAGAAAUAAUCUCUGCCAGUGGCUGUUUUCAAGAUGGACUGUAACUGCCCAGCUGAGACUGCCUGACGUGCAGGGAAAGCACCUCUAGCAUCUCCGUGGCGCUGUGCUUGAGACAGGCUCUGGCACUAAAUGCUCAGUCACUAGAUACGGAAAGAUGGCAGCUGCGUUUGUAUCCUCCCAACUCUGGUAGGAAAUGUGGAAGAGGCAUAUUAAUAUAUUUUAAAAAAAAACAACAAAAAACCCAGAAAACAGUCCUGAGAGGGGCAAGCCUUGUACAUUAUUUACAGGCUCACGUAGUAUGUUAGGACUGACAAGAGCAUUGACCUUGCAGAAAGGAAAGAGAUGAAUACUAUAAAAUCUCUGCAACCAUCUCGGGUUUUCUGACUGCUAUCCUCAGAUUAAGCAAUUAGUUAUAUAUAUUUUUGGAAGUAUUAGAAAUAGGCUGUUUCUGUUGCAAAAGGCAUAGGUAAAUAGGUUUCAAACACUUUCAUUCCAAGGUUUUAAAAGAUUGGUUAAUUGUCUUCAUUUUUAAAUUCGUUAAACGGUAAGAAACCCUAUCCAGAGCUUGACUGUGAUUCCCAUCCCUGCAAUGAAGAUGUGUGAAAAUGACCCGAUAGCUCGCUGUGGUUUUAAUGUGUUUUGGGACAGAAGCAUGACAGCAGUAAAGUCAGGGAAGUUUGAGAAGCACAGAAAAGUUUAUUUAUUUAAGAAAAAAGAAAAAAAGGAAAAAAAUAACCAUACCUAUGUAAAAUUCCAUACGGCUCCUGCAUGUGCUCCUGGGAGCCUGCACGGGGGUGGAUCUUACAGCGCUCUCGGGGUUUGAUCACAGACUCGGGCCGGGGUUGCAUUCUCACUUCUUGUGUCCUGCGCUUUCGUAAAUACGUGUGUGUUUAUUCUCCAUCUUUGGCUACCGGUUGGCCGACUCGCGCUACACACAAAUGAACUCAAGUAUUUUUUCUUAGCUGUUUGUGCUGAGUUUCUCUGAGGCCAAUGGCUGCACCUCGGCAGGUCUUUCGGUCAGUCUCCCCCCAUGUCCUGCCCCUGAAAAUGAAGCACAUUCCGGUCACCACAAGAAGGGAAGUAAGUACUUGUCUCCUGUCCUCUAGUUGUAGGAAAUGUCACCGUAGCCUAUUGUCUGUAUGGCAGUUAUUUCCCGUGUAUAGUCGUCGGUGUGGCUACUGAAUAUUCCUCACACUGAGCGUGUAAAUACAUGUAUUUCUUAGUCCAGUUGUGAGCAAGUCCAGUGAACAGUCAGAGAGUGCUCUGUAACACCUACCAUUAAAGACAGGAGCCAGUGUUCCUUUGCUUGACAUCCAGGGCAUGCACACUAAUGCCAGCUUCGCCUUGCCAAACGUGAUCAAGUUAGUGGUUAGAGGUCCACACGCCUUCCCGGUGGGCUCUUGUUCAUUCAUGUGCAGACGUGCAGCAACUUAGUGAUGGGUGAUGGGGCAAGCUGAUGAAGACCCGUAAAUACAAGUGUUCAACUUUUCUCUUCCCCCCCCCCUCCCCUGACCAGGUAACCAUCUUCAAUUUUAGCCCCCGGUUUUCAGGAAGCAGGCAAAGGAAAACCUUUGUGCUUCAACAGAAACCACCUGAAGUUUCUUUGAGUGUGAUUUGCAAUUCAGGGGUCUUCAAAACUUCUCAUUGCUUGUGUCUGUCCUUGAGCUGACAGGGUAAUUUCUUUUUUCUGGCUGAAGCUUGCAGAAUCUUGCUUAUACAUCCUCUCUUUGGAUGCGGUUUAGAGCUGAUUGCCGUAAUCCUAGGCGUGCAUCAUGCAUAUAAACCAUCACUGGCCUGAGCCUACUAAUGGUUGCGUGCACCUUUGGUGACAAGAGCCAUCUCAAAAGAAAAAAUGGUAUUAUAGGAAAGAGAAGGAGGGAUGCUUGCAUGCUCUUCAUGGGUGCCCUUUGGACUGCCACGUGGGUAUGAGCCUGCAAACUUUGUUCUUGCUGCCUAGCACUUCUCCCAAGCAAGCACUUGCUUUCUGCUAGAAUCUGACCCUCACUGAGGAAACUGGGAGCAAUGUCAUUGAAGUUGAUAAUAUGGAAAAUUGCUAAUUGUUUUAAUAACCUGUGAGCACAGUGGCUUUGCACUGGACAGUUUCCCAGCAGACCGCACAUCAGCUACAGCAUCUGUGUGUCAGGUGCCUCCUGCUCUAAUUGAGUGGCACCAUGUUCACAGCUGCUUGGGGAUCACGCUCGGCUUCUGCAAGGCUUCCUAGUAACAUUUGCCUUGCCCAGCUUACGUACAAAGCCAAAAGGACUGCGGUUGGGCGCAAUGGCCUGAGUUGGCAGUCAUGAUGCAAGUCAGAAGAGCCGCUGGGCACGUGCG